AGCCAAUCAGAGGAUAGUUUAGACGUCCAGAUCCGAAACCGUCUCUGUCAUUUGGCGCGCAACUCCGAACGCAAGAUGGACGACGGAAGGGCCAGUUGGGACGACGAGAAAGACUUCACCUGGAUGAAGGAAAUGAUUCACCAGGUGCAUGUGCUGGGCAAGCGAGCCAACAGUGGCUUCAAGCGAGAAGAUUGGCAUGCCGCAACAACGAAACUCAACUCCGACCACGCUGUCAUCUACACGAAAGAACAAGGCAAGUCGAGAAGCGCCGAGAUGAAGAAGCAAUACGCGCAGGUUUCACAGAUUACGAAGACGUCUGGUAUUGGGUUCGAGGCGGCAACGUGCCGGUUCAUUUGCUUGGAUGGGUCGUGGGCGCACGCGGCGGCGGAUGGGCCAUCGACGUAGGAAGGCAACCACGGUGGCCUUUCUCAUUCCGAAAUGCCCCACAAUUCAACGCGCACUGUCAAUAUCGUCAAAAUAUUCUACUCAUGAGUAGAAUAUUAUUUCUUGUGGUUUUCACGAUAUUUCUGAUAAAAUUAUGGAAUAUAACUCGGU